CCAGCCUGCGCACGUUCUGUCUGGUCAAUUCAUUCAACCCCAAGCCAAGCGAUCUACAAGCUACGGGAAAUAUUCGCGCCUCUUUGCGAGGACGAACCCCGGGGCCGUUAUCAUCACGAAAACAGCAUCCGCCCCGGCCAAGUCAGGCAAGGAUCAGGAGCAUCAUGGAACGUCAACCCUGUCGGUCCGGUCAUCGCAAUGUGGCAGGUCAGACUGAAGAAUGUGAGUGCAAAAGCGACGGCACUGCGUCUGUCACGGUCCUGGCUGCAUCAUCCAUCAGAUAUCAGAAUCUUCAGAGCGACAAUGGCCCUCCAUCAAGAGUCAGACUCUACAUUGUAUGUUUUCGAAAAGCAGCACUCAAGCAGCCCUGGCGUUACCCAGCCUGCCGUACGCCUAUUCGUACACAGACGUAUGCACCCUCAACCUCGCUUCCUGACCACCAACCGACAGGUGGGGGAAGGAACAAGGGAUUCAGACGGACUGAAGAGUGACAAAGACGAGCAAUAUACGGAUAUCUCAAAGGAUCAGUUGAGGAACCUGCAGGUCCGAGAGAUAAUGUCCUCGGUACCAUUCGAGAGCCCCAGUACGCGGCAGAGGCAAGGUCAAGACACAGAAGCCGUAGCAGGCAGAGCCGGAUUUAACUCUUGUCUGGCCUCGUACGCUCGUCCAAGUCUGGUCCGGUCUCUGCUUCAUUAUGGGCCAGAGAAGGGACGGGUAUCCAUAAUAAGCAGCACGAAUGCUUGUUCAUCCGCUCAACGCCAGGUUGCUGCUGAUGAGCAGACCGGCUUUCUCAGGGCGUCGAACCAUCUCAUUACCGGGCCGUUGAUUCGACCUCGCCUAAAGUUGUUCCGCCAGGCCCUGGUCAUUACCCUCGGUCUGCUGCAACUUUUCAGGUCAGGAAUCGAGGCCAUUGACGGAAGGGCUCUGUUCCUGGUCCUUGUCGCCAGCAGCUCCUCCAGAAGCUCUCCACCUUUUGUCUCUGGAUGUGCAGAUGCCCGGUCGUACUCAAACGAAUGA